AUGUCAUCCCUUCCGUCCACCAUGAAAGCCAUCCUAGUGCCGCAGAACGGCGGCGCCGAGGUCCUCCAAUACACCGAGUCGCAACCGAUCCCGCCGCUCUCGGACGGCCAGGUGCUGGUCAAGAACAACUUCUCCGGCAUCAACUUCAUCGACACAUACUUUCGCUCCGGCCUGUACCCGCCGCCCGGCGGCAAGUUGCCGGCGAUCAUCGGCCAAGAAGGCGCCGGCACGAUCGCAAAGAUCGCGGGCUCCAACCCGCUGGGCUUUAAAGAGGGUGACCGGGUCGUGUGGAUCUUCCGCGGCGGAUAUGCAGAGUACACGGCGGUGCCGGCGGACCGGGUGAUCAAGAUCCCCGCGGGCGUGUCGGACGAGCACGCGGUCGGCGGGUUCCUGAUGGGCAUGACGGCCCUGAGUCUCGUCAAGGAAGCAUAUCCCGUGCAGAAGGGCGACACGGUCCUCGUCCACGCCGCCGCCGGCGGCAUGGGGUUGCUGCUGUGCCAGCUCCUGCGUGGCAUGGACGUCACGGUCAUCGGCACCGCGGGCGGGCCGGAGAAGUGUGCUCUGGCAAAAGAGAACGGCGCGACCCACAUCAUUGACUACAAGGCCUCCAGCGGCCCGAGCUGGGUGGAACAAGUCCUCAAACUCACCGGCGGCAAGGGCGUCGACUGUGUCUUUGACGGCGUCGGCAAGGAUACCUGGGAGGGAAGUCUGGAGGUCGCCAAGCGGAAGGGUAAAGUCGUUUACUUUGGAAAUGCAAGCGGAGCCGUCCCACCAUUCAACAUUCAAAAGCUCGCGUCCAAGAACCUCUCCAUCAUGCGCACGACGCUGAACAACUACAUCGUCACCCGUGAAGAACUCGAGUUCUACGCCAACGGCGUCCUCGACCUGAUCAAGGCCGGAAAGCUCAACAUUCGCAUCCACAAGAUCUAUCCGCUCAAAGACGCCGCCGAGGCCCAAAGGGAUCUUGAAGGCAGACGGACAACAGGCAAGCUGUUGUUGAAGAUUUAA